CCAUUUGAAAACCUAGGAAAGGGAGUAACGUUAUUUCUGUGCUCGUGUUAGUUACGUUGCCAAUUUAAUGUUAGGUGGAUGACUAACGUUAUUGAAAAGAAAAAUGACCGAAGAGUCGGCUGUUAAAGUAUGUAUUCGAGUCCGUCCGCUUAUUGCGAGGGAAGAAAGUGCAGAGUCGGAGGAUGCAGAGCCCGUCCACCUGUUUUGGAAAGCUGAUAAGAAAUCAAUUCAUCAGAUCGAUGAUGGGAAUUCCACUAAGAGCUUUAGUUUCGACCGAGUGUUCACUGCAGAAGAAACAACCAAUCAGCUGUACCAGAACAUUGCAAAGCCUCUGGUUGUUUCCACUGUUGAGGGAUACAAUGGAACCAUAUUUGCUUACGGACAGACUUCUUCCGGAAAGACUUUUACGAUGAUGGGGUCUGACCGAUCACCUGGAGUGAUACCAUUGGCUGUGGAGGAUGUCUUCCAAACAAUUAAAAAUUGUCCAAAGAAGGAGUUCCUUCUCAGGGUUUCGUACAUGGAGAUCUACAAUGAAACAGUCACUGACCUGCUUGUGGACAGCUGGAAGAGGAAACCCCUGGAAGUCAGGGAGACAAUCAAUAAAAACAUCUAUGUGGCUGACCUAACCGAGGAACUCGUUACGUCUCCUGCACAAGCCCUGGCCUGGAUUCGGAAAGGAGAAAAGAACCGCCACUAUGGAAAGACAAAAAUGAACCAGCGAAGCAGUCGUUCCCACACCAUAUUCCGAAUGAUCCUGGAAAGUCGAGAAAGAAGCGACCCAGCAUCAGGAGAAAAUGCAGAUGGAGCCAUUAUUGUGUCUCAUUUGAAUUUAGUUGAUUUGGCUGGAUCAGAGAGAGCAAGUCAAACAGGAGCUGAAGGCACACGUUUCAAAGAAGGUUGCAAUAUCAAUCGCAGUCUCUUCACACUCGGCCAAGUGAUCAAGAAACUGACUGAUGAAAGCCAGAAGGGUUUCACCAACUACAGAGACAGUAAGCUCACCCGCAUCCUGCAGAAUUCCUUGGGUGGGAACGCGAAAACAGUCAUCAUUGGUACCAUCACACCUGUUGCUCUGGAUGAGACCCUCAGCACUCUGCAGUUUGCCAGCACUGCAAAGAAAAUGAAGAACGACCCUCAUGUGACAGAGGUGUCUGAUGACGGGGCUCUGCUCAAAAGAUACCGCAAUGAAAUUGUAGACCUCAAGCGACGCCUUCAUGAGGUUUCUUCAGUCACACAGACCACAGCCACAGAGAAGGAGGUUCUCUCCCAGCUACUCCAAGAAAAGGAUCAGCUCCAGAGAGAACAAGAAGACAGGAUCAAAAACCUGACUAAACUGCUGGUCACCAGCACAAACCAGGUUCCUGCUCAAAAGAUGCCAAAACGCAGGGUUACGUGGGGAGGAAAGAUGCUCAGACUUGCCCGUCCGUCUGCAUGUGAUGGUGGUUCAUCUGACCUUAGCUUUGCAGACCCUUUCACUCGGAAGAGGAAAGCCUCUAAUGUCUCUCUGAUGGAGCUGGUUGAAGAUGAUGAGGACUUCGACUCUCACUGGGAGAUUCCUGAUGAGCCUUCAGAUGAUAUGGAGAUCAGUCAGAGCUCUGUGACUGUCAGGAGCUUUGGAGACAGUCCCAAAGACUUUGUGUCUCCAGACCGUAUGCAUGAGCUUUCAGGGAAAGUGUCCAGCCUGCAGCUGGAGCUGCAAACAGAGGUCCAACAAAAACAAGAGGCCUUGGAGAAGGUGGCAAUGUUGGACCUCCGAGUUGCAGACCUGGAGAGACGGCUGGAGGAACAGAACAACACUCCGAGUAAAACUGAUGAACAGAUGGGUAAACAGUUUGCAGAGGCCAUCCAGCUGUGUGAGACACUGGCUUCAGAGAAGGAUGUGGUGGAGGUCGAGCGAGACUACCUGAAGCAGGAGCUCGGGAUGUUCCUAGAGCAGAUUGAAACUCUGGAGAAAGAGAAAGCUGCUCUGUCAAAAGAGAUGGAGGAGAAGAGGGAGAUGGAUGAGUUCAAGUCUCUGGAGGAGGAGUUCAGAAAAGAGCAAGAGAUUCAGAGAAUGACUGAGGAGCUCGAGAGCAUGCGAGCAGAGAGAGACGGUCUGCUCUCUGGGAAGGAACCCAGCUGUCAGACCUCCACAGAGGAGAUGGAGAAGCUGCUGUGCAGAGUGACGUCUCUCACUGAGGAGAGAGAUCAGCUGCAGGAGAUACUGGAGGGACUGAGACAGGAGAAGCAGCAGCUCAAAGCAGAACUGGAGGACAGGAUGGAGAUGGUUGCACAAGUCCAGUGUGGGUUUAACCAGCCAGAAGGACUGGCCUCAGAACUGCACCAACAGGAUGCCCAAGUAACCCACCUUCAGCAAGAGAUAGAGCAACUACAGACAACUUUACAGGCCGUCAGUGAGCAGAAGAGCCAGCUGGAAGCUGAUCUGCAGCAUAAUACAGAGAUGGCUGCAGAGACGCAGAGCCUUCUGCAUUCACUUCAACAAGAACUCCAAGAGCAGAAUCAAAGAAACGCUGACCUAGAAAGACUCAGCCAAGAGAGGCAAGCUCAACUACAACAAGAGGUUGCAGAGACUCUGAGUCUUCUACAUUCUCGUCAAGAGGAGCUUCAAGAGCAGAAGCAAAAUAACUCUGAUCAAAUGAAACUCUGUGAGCAGAAGGAAUCUGACUUAGAACAACAGACCAAGACUCUAAGUGAGCAGCUUGAGAGUGUACAAGCAGAAAGGGAUGCCCUGUUGUCUGAGAAGGAAUCCAGUUGUCAGACCUCCACAGAGGAGAUGGAGAAGCUGCUGUGCAGAGUGACGUCUCUCACUGAGGAGAGAGAUCAGCUGCAGGAGAUACUGGAGGGACUGAGACAGGAGAAGCAGCAGCUCAAAGCAGAGCUGGAGGACAGGAUGGAGAUGAUGCAGUGUGAGUUACAGCAGCAGCUCAGCUCUGAGCCUCAGUCUCUGAAAGAAGAACAGGAGGCUCAACAACUUCUGCAGAACCAACAGCUGGAGGAGCAUCUGGAGAAAACUGAGGAGGUGAGCCAGCUGAAGUCUGACCUUCAGGAAAAUGUAGAAUUGAUGAUUGAGGUCCAGGAGGAGCUGAGAGAGUCUCAGGAGAAGAUCAGAGUUCUAAAAGAUGAGAUCAACGUGCUGAAGAGUCAAAAGGCAGAGCUGGAGGGCAAAGCAAGCAAUGGGAGCGAUGCAGAUAUUUCCCUCCAGAUGCAAGAGCUCCAAACUCAGAUUCAGAGGCUGACUGAGGAGCUCGAGAGCAUGCGAGCAGAGAGAGACAGUCUGCUCUCUGGGAAGGAAUCCAGCUGUCAGACCUCCACAGAGGAGAUGGAGAAGCUGCUGUGCAGAGUGACGUCUCUCACUGAGGAGAGAGAUCAGCUGCAGGAGAUACUGGAGGGACUGAGACAGGAGAAGCAGCAGCUCAGAGCAGAGCUGGAGGACAGGAUGGAGAUGGUUGCACAAGUCCAGUGUGGGUUUAACCAGCCAGAAGGACUGGCCUCAGAACUGCACCAACAGGAUGCCCAAGUAACCCACCUUCAGCAAGAGAUAGAGCAACUACAGGCAACUUUGCAGGCCGUCAGUGAGCAGAAGAGCCAGCUGGAAGCUGAUCUGCAGCAUAAUAUGGAGAUGGCUGCAGAGACGCAGAGCCUUCUGCAUUCACUUCAACAAGAACUCCAAGAGCAGAAUCAAAGAAAUGCUGACCUAGAAAGACUCAGCCAAGAGAGGCAAGCUCAGCUAGAACAAGAGGUUGCCAGGACUCAGAGUCUUCUACAUUCUCUUGAAGACGAGCACCAGGAGCUAAAGCAAAAUAACUCUGAUCAUAUGAAACUCUGUGAGCAGAAGGAAUCUGGCUUAGAACAACAGAUAGCACAGCUGAACAUGUCUCUCCAGGCUGUGACUGAGCAGAAGAGGCAGGUGGAAUAUGAUCUACAGCAGAACAUAAAUAUGGCUUCCACAACUCGAGAACUUCUGAAGUCAGUCCAAGAGGAGCUGUGUGAACAGAAGCAGAUGAGCUCUGAUCUGGAAAAACUGUGUCAGGAGAAGGAAAGCUCCUUAGAUCAACAGGUGAGGACUCUGACAGAGAAACUGGAGAGCAUUGAGGCAGAGCGAGACAGUCUGCUCUCUGAGAAGGAAGCCAGCUGUCAGACCUCCACAGAGGAGAUGGAGAAGCUGCUGUGCAGAGUGACGUCUCUCACUGAGGAGAGAGAUCAGCUGCAGGAGGCACUGGAGGGACUGAGACAGGAGAAGCAGCAGCUCAAAGCGGAGCUGGAGGACAGGAUGGAGAUGAUGCAGUGUGAGUUACAGCAGCAGCUCAGCUCUGAGCCUCAGUCGCUGAAAGAAGAACAGGAGGCUCAAACACUUCUGCAGAUCCAACAGCUGGAGGAGCAUCUGGAGAAAACUAAGGAGGAGGUGAGCCAGCUGAAGUCUGACCUUCAGGAAAAUGUAGAACUGGUGAUUGAGGUCCAGGAGGAGCUGAGAGAGUCUCAGGAGAAGAUCAGAGUUCUAAAAGAUGAGAUCAACGUGCUGAAGAGUCAAAAGGCAGAGCUGGAGGGCAAAGCAAGCAAUGGGAGCGAUGCAGAUAUUUCCCUCCAGAUGCAAGAGCUCCAAACUCAGAUUCAGAAGCUGACUGAGGAGCUCGAGAGCAUGCGAGCAGAGAGAGACGGUCUGCUCUCUGGGAAGGAACCCAGUUGUCAGACCUCCACAGAGGAGAUGGAGAAGCUGCUGUGCAGAGUGACGUCUCUCACUGAGGAGAGAGAUCAGCUGCAGGAGAUACUGGAGGGACUGAGACAGGAGAAGCAGCAGCUCAGAGCAGAGCUGGAGGACAGGAUGGAGACCAUGCAGACUGAGGUGAGGACUCUGACAGAGAAACUGAAGAGCAUUGAGGCAGAGAGAGACAGUCUGCUCUCUGAGAAGGAACCCAGCUGUCAGACCUCCACAGAGGAGAUGGAGAAGCUGCUGUGCAGAGUGACGUCUCUCACUGAGGAGAGAGAUCAGCUGCAGGAGACACUGGAGGGACUGAGACAGGAGAAGCAGCAGCUCAGAACAGAGCUGGAGGACAGGAUGGAGACCAUGCAGACUGAGAUAGCACAGCUGAACAUGUCUCUCCAGACUGUGACUGAGCAGAAGAGGCAGGUGGAAAAUGAUCUACAGCAGAACAUGAAUAUGGCUUCCACAACUCAAGAACUUCUGAAGUCAGUCCAAGAGGAGCUGUGUGAACAGAAGCAGAUGAACUCUGAUCUGGAAAAACUGUGUCAGGAGAAGGAAAGCUCCUUAGAUCAACAGAUGAGGACUCUUACUGAAACACUGAAGAGCAUUGAGGCAGAGAGAGACAGUCUGCUCUCUGAGAAGGAAUCCAGUUGUCAGACCUCCACAGAGGAGAUGGAGAAGCUGCUGUGCAGAGUGACGUCUCUCACUGAGGAGAGAGAUCAGCUGCAGGAGAUACUGGAGGGACUGAGACAGGAGAAGCAGCAGCUCAAAGCAGAGCUGGAGGACAGGAUGGAGACCAUGCAGACUGAGAUAGCACAGCUGAACAUGUCUCUCCAGGCUGUGACUGAGCAGAAGAGGCAGGUGGAAUAUGAUCUACAGCAGAACAUGAAUAUGGCUUCUACAACUCAAGAACUUCUGAAGUCAGUCCAAGAGGAGUUGUGUGAACAGAAGCAGAUGAACUCUGAUCUGGAAAAACUGUGUCAGGAGAAGGAAAGCUCCUUGGAUCAACAGAUGAGGACUCUGACAGAGAAACUGGAGAGCAUUGAGGCAGAGCGAGACAGUCUACUCUCUGAGAAGGAAGCCAGCUGUCAGACCUCCACAGAGGAGAUGGAGAAGCUGCUGUGCAGAGUGACGUCUCUCAGUGAGGAGAGAGAUCAGCUGCAGGAGGCACUGGAGGGACUGAGACAGGAGAAGCAGCAGCUCAGAGCAGAGCUGGAGGACAGGAUGGAGAUGAUUUCAGGCAUCCAGGAGAGGCUGAGCGAGCAGGAAAAUUUGAACUCACAGCAGCAGCCAGAGAGAGGAGAACAAGAGACCAAGCUGCAACGAAGAGUGCAGCAGCUCGAGGAGCAGCUUCAAACAUACAGGGAGAGACACAGUCAUGCUGAAGCUGAAGCUGAAACCUCACAGCAGUUGCUCAGUGAAGCGAAGACAAGCAUCUCCGCCCUUAAAGAGCAGCUGAGCAGUUUGGAGCAGAGCACCAGUAGAGUCAAGGAGACAGCAUCAUCACGACUGCAGGACUCUACAGGGCAGCUUCAGGAGUCCUUCAGAAAAUUCCAGCACCUUAUAGACACUUGUUCCAAGUAUAACUCCACAGCAUUGGACAAGGUGCAGUGUUCCCUGAAGCACCCUUAUCUGGCCUCUCUACCAAAACCCACCAUGAAUGCCUACAGCACUGUGUGUCAGUUGCAGCUGCAGACAACUCAGAGUCUGGGAAACAUUAUGGAGCACCUCCAGGUGCGAGCACAGGGCUACAGGAAUCUGUUUGAGGAGUUGGUGAAGAAAGAUCUGGCUGUUUUUGAAGAGAGGCGUCUGCAAGAUGUGCUGCUGUGCAGAGCACAGGCACCCUGCUACUCUGUCAGAGACGAAGAUUUUCACACACUUUGGCACCACAGACUGACGGAGCUGCUGAACAAGAGGCAGCUCUACCUGCAGAAAAUGGCCAGCAUUUCGAGUACGCUGUGUGCCAACAUGGCUUCUUAUCCCAGUGAGCUGUCCGCUGAGAUCAGACACAGGGAGAGAUUCAAGGAGCAGCUGCAGACCUUGCUUAACAAGCAGCCAUUUAGCCUCAGCGGGCUGGACAGCAUACUGAGCAGUGAGCUGGACCACAGAUCUGCAGUGGCACACAACCGGAAGAUGAUUCUGCAGGGCAUCAUCGAUGAACAGAAUGGUCUGUUUGAAGAGCUGAAGCUGCUUGAGGCUCAGGCUGAUUUACAACUCAGAGAGGAGAGAAGUAAGAGUUCCACUCUGCUGCAGGCACUGGAGGGAGCUCCUCUGAAAACUGAGCUCUCCCUACUCAAGGACAACCAGCACCUUGUGCUUCAGCUCCAGCAAACAGAAGAACAAGUUGAGGCUCUGCGUGUACAUAAUAAGCAGCUGGAGGAAGCUCAGAUCAAAGCCAACAACAGGGUGUCCAACCACAAACAGGCUACCCAGCUGCUGCAGACAGAGCUGCAGGACACCCGCGCACAAGUUGAGGAUAAAGACAAUGCAAUCCAAGCCCUUAGGAGCAAACUGCGAGAGUCUGAGAAAAAUGCAUCACCCAGUGCUGUUGAGCUGGAAAAACUCCGCACUAAACUGUUCAAAAUGGAGGUGGAGCUGAGUUCAGCAUCUGAUAACCACAAAAAAGAGAUCCAACAGAUGACCACACUGAUGAAUCAAAAGGAAGAAUCACUGAGGAAGCUGAAGGAGACCUUGAGGAAAUCCCAGCAGGAGGGAGAGGAGUCAUUCUUGCAAGGUGAGGACCUUCAUGCCAGACUGACCAACCCCCGAGGUCUGGUGAUCAAAUCCAGCGUUGUACUGGAGAAGACUAAACUGGAGGAGGAAAUCAAACAGCUUCAACUGAAAAUAACUGAGCUUGAAAGCUUGGUGUCCAGUCAGCAGGUAGAGAUCAACAAGUGGAAGAGCAGAGCCUUCAAGCUGAAGGUGAAGAGCAAGGCUGAGGUGGACAGGCCUCCAUCACCCUGCACUCCCACCAAAAGAGGCCUUCCCUUGACCUCAGACCCCUCCAACUUCCUCAGCUCACCCAAGAAGUUUCUGGUUACUCCCAGGAAGGUCCUUGACUCUCCCAGGAAGGUCCUUGACUCUCCCAGGAAGGUCCUUGACUCUCCCAGGAAGGUCCUGGACUCCCCAAGGGUCUCUGUGCUUGACUCCCCCAAAAGCAGAUUCUUUGAUGUGGGCGGAAGCUCCGAGGUGCUGUCCAGAACCUGUCCUAAGCAGUUCUUUGAUAACUCCAGCCUGGGAACCAUUCCAGAGGUUUUCGACGUUCCUGAUGAACCAGACGCAGACAUGGAUGCAGCUGCAGGUGCAGGCAGAAAGGAUUGGUGGCCUCAGUCUCCAAAGCAAGAGGAAAUGUGUAAAACCCAGUAAAAAAAAAAAAAAUCCAUGUGCAAUAUAUUUAAAUGUCUUUUGUCUUUUCAAUGUUUCUGACUUUUCUGUUUUGUUUUUAUUCCGUCAUUCUGUAGUUCUAAUAAUAAAACAUCUUUUAAUUAAGUAAAGGAA